GCCUCAACACGUGUUAUUUAUUUAUUUUCGAAGUGUAAAUAUUUGUUGAUUUUGCAAUUUAUGUUUUCGUAAUUAUUUCAGAGAAUUUUAAGAAUAAAUAACAGUAUUUGCUUUAAAGUAAUAUAAUUUUAUUAUUUGAGAAUUUCUUGACUAAAUAAGUAAAGUUCUUCAAUAUGGUUUGUGAUAAAUGUGAGAAGAAGCUUGGUAAAGUUAUAACUCCUGAUCCUUGGAAAGCUGGUGCAAGAAACACAACUGAAGGUGGUGGUAGAAAGAUAAAUGAGAACAAAGCAUUAACUGCGAGCAAAAACAGGUUUGCACCCUACGAAAAAUUCAGCCAGUGCAAGAUUUGUCGUCAAAAAGUUCAUCAGCCAGGUUCCCAUUAUUGUCAAGCUUGCGCAUACAAAAAAGGCAUUUGCGCUAUGUGUGGAAAGAAACUUCUGGACACUAAAAAUUACAGGCAAUCAGCAGCUUGAAUUCUACACUGAUGUGAAACUCUAAUUUGUGAAAUGCUUGAAUGUGCGAAGUUUGAUGAUUUUUACAUAACAUUCAUAUGUAUUAUAUUCUCUUCAUUAUAUGUUUUGUCAUUGAAUUUAUAUUAUUAGAAAUGUCAUCACAUGGUCCUGAAAUGAUGUACAAAAUCGGUAGAUUUGGGCCCUGGACUGUAUAUCAAUUCGUUAUUGAUAAAUCAUUUUUUAUUUA